AUGGCCUCGUCAGAUGACGAUUUCAAUAAACUUGAUACGUUAUCUGAUGAUGAUUAUUUGAAAUUAAUUGAACAAUUUUAUGAAAAAAAUGCAAAUAAUUUUGCAUUUCCGGAACUUGCUUUGGAUAAAAAACAUCGACUUGUUAUGGAAUUAUUUAUACGUCUACGUUCAUUUAAUACAAAUUCAAUUAAUAUAUGUUUAAAAACAUUACGUUUAUUAACACGAGAACGUGAAGGACUUGAUGCACUUACGGGCUCAUCGGUGCUUGAACCGCUUCAAAAUAUAGCUGGUUUAGAAUGUGGCAAAGUUGAUGUUAAUCCAAAAGAUGUACAAAAUGUGAUUGAAGCAGAAAAAUGCAUGUCUAAUUUAAUUUAUAUGAGUCCAUCAGUACAAAAAUUUUAUAGUGUUAGUGGUGUAGCUGAUGCUAUAACACAACGUAUUAAAGAAACAACAGCAACAAAAUUAGAUAAUGGUAUAAGAUUUUUUGAUAUGAGAAUGCUGUUUCUUUUAACUGCUUUAAAUGCUGAUAUAAGACAACGUGUUCGAGAAAAAUUUCAUGGUCUUUCUUAUUUAUUUGAAAUAAUUAAUCAAAUCAUGUUAUCAAGAAGUGAACCUGUUGCUGCUGCAGAUACAGGUAUAACAUUAUCGAAUGAUGAUAUCGAUUAUUUAAUUGAAAUAUUAAAAACACUUUAUAAUUUAACUGUUGAUUUACCAAAUUUAACACAUUCAUAUGCUAUACAAGAAGAAGAAGAAGAAGCUCAUUUGAUGAGAUUAGUUAGUAUUCUUCGUGAAUUACUUUUAUGUUAUGGACCAAAUGAUGAAAAACAAAUGGAAUUACAAAAUCAUAUAAUUAAUCUUUUAACAAAUAUGCCAAAAACAUGUUUUGAAGAAUUACUUUCACCAGCUGUAUUAGAAGAUGAAAAUGGUGGUGACGAACAUAAUGGAAAAAAUAUGGAAGCUAUUAAUAUAAUACUUCGUUUUCUUGAUCAUCGUAUUACAAAAACUGAAGGAACGAAAAAUGCUAAAGAAGCUUUAUUACCUGUUCUUCAACUUCUUAUACUUAUGUGUCAAUCAAAUCGUACAAUAAGAAAAUUUUGUCGACAAUUUAUUUUACCUCCAUUAAGUGAUGAAGUUUUAAAUUUACCAACCGAAGGACAAAAAUUACGGAACAAAUUAACACGUAUGAUGACAAAUCCAAAUUCGGAAUUAAAAACUCUUUCAGCAAAAUUACUUUUUGUUCUUUGUAAAGAGAGUGUCGAUCGUUUAAUUAAAUAUACAGGUUAUGGAAAUGCAGCUGGACUUUUAUAUGAUUUUGGUUUACUUGGUCCACAACAUAAUGCAAAUAAGGAACAAUAUUCGAGUGAUUCAGAUGAAUCUGAUACGGAAAAUUAUAAAAAAAUUCGUGAUCAAUAUGGUAUUGAUCCAGUCACAGGUCGUGCAAAUAUAAUACGACAUGACGAUCCAAUGAAAGAUUGGACUGAAGAACGAAAAAUGGUUGAAAUGGAAAAACUUGUUCAUUCUUUAGAUCAAGCUAUCAAUCAUGGCAUUAUGAGACCAAUGAUUAAGGAUGCGAGUGGAAAUCCUGUUCCAGCUGAAAGUGUUCUUCAACUUCGUGAAGCUAAUUUAAAAAAUAUUCAUCAUCAUGAUGAUCUUCGUGCGUCGGAAUCAAGUGAUGAUGAAGGUGAUGGUGGUCAAAUAACAGCAAAUAAAUCAAAAUAA